GUUGGUUCUUUUUCUGCACACCUGCUGCUGUUGCUGCUCGGGCAUGGCCAGGGUCGACAACUCUCGGCGAGUUUCAGCAGUUUAGGACAGGUGGAAAACGGGCGGAUCGACGGCCUGCAGAACGUGCAUGGAUUGCCUGCUUGCCGCCCUGUGGUUGGCUGAAAAGUGCGCUGGCGCGUCGGGGGUUUUUCUUGAAUCUGGCUUGGAUGACGAAAUUGCACAGUGGCAGACAUAAACACGCCGGGAGUCCUAAAGCCCGGACAGUGCACAAACCCUAUGCUGUGCACGCCUUCGUCGACCGCACUCCGAUGAUACCGCAACAGAGGCCUUCCAGGGCAUCCCGGCUGCUGGCUGGUUGAUAUCCGGUUUCCUGGAGAGAAUCAGGGAUCGGCGCAGCUUUUGCCUCUAGUUAUUCUACCGCAAAUCUAUCUGCAUCAAUGUCUCGACCACAGCGACCCAGCGACCUCUCCCACUGUGAGCAGCAGAGGCGGCUCAGAAUGCUUAGCAAGCAGGCACAUUUACUUGACAACCGGCUUGGACGGUGCUGCUCAGGGCCAGAUACACCCACAGUAGUCUCAUUCAUUCCUGUCAUCGGCGGAAUCACAACCAGCAUGGAUGCCAACGACUUCUUAGAUGAGAUCAUGUCCCAGUUUGUCAUUCCCACCUAUAUGCGUGAGGAGAUGAAGCGAAAUAUCAGCAAGCACCUUAUCAUGUCACUGGUUCCGGUUUACGGCUGGAUUGCGCGCAGCAUCUUCAAAGUCAACCGCCGCAAUUACAAGCUGCUGCGCAAUUACAUAAAGGAGUCGAAGCCCUGACCAGCCGAAAAACCGUCUAUUUUCAGCCCGCGCAUGUCCGUAGCCAUGUAAAAUUUCUGCUGGUAUUAAAAUACACACA